AUGAUGGACAGUCUCAUUGUGGACCUUGACAAAGUGUUGGACGACUUUGAAGCAGAAGAAAAAGAAUCCUCGCAGAUCCUGCGCGGUUCCCCUACAGACUAUUCUGAAUACAUCAACGCUAAUGAUGAUCGACCUUGGGACGAAAUCAGUCAUGUACCAAUCAGUACUAACACCACAUGGACAUCUUACAGCUCUGAGGAUGAAAAGUGCUCCACAGCUGUUUACGAUGUACCCUACAUUCCCGCAGAAACAUUUGACCUGUCUGAGGCUGACUUUGCACCGUCUGUGGGAAAAAAUGGAAACAGUACAUAUACAGGACCUCUAGAUACAAAGGUGGAAGAUAUCUAUGAUAAUUUUACCAAAGAUGUUCAAAAUGCUAUUCAAAAGCAAGAGAACUUGCUUAAAGCUGUAACUGCAGGUCAUCAGGACAAUGGAAAAUUAGAUCAUAAUGUUGAUGGAGAAUCCAGACAGUUUAAUUCUUAUUCUGCCAUCAGUAAUUCUAAUGUCAUCAAUAAUUAUUCUGGUACAAUAGAUUUAAGUUGUAAACGCAAUGAUGUGGUUGUGGACACAACAGGAAUCAUUUCUACAAAAGUGACAGAAGAUCAGUUAAUAUCGAAGGAACAACUGAGUUCUGAUUUACACUCUCCGAUUAAAGGAGGACAGACAACAAUAUUGGUGGCAGAUAACACAAACUGUAAAUACCCAAUACAAGUAGUGGACAGGUUCACACCAGUUGUGGAAAAUAAGCAGUUUGAACCUGUGGUGCCAACAGAUAAUAAUGAAAUUAAUGGAAACCUAUCAAAUCAUUUAGAUGAGAGCAAGAGUAACAGUCUUGUUCUUAAUGGUAGAUGUGACAAGCCUCUGAUGAAUGGAAGUCCCAUGGAUGAGGAGGAGGAGAGUCUAAUCGGUCGUAAUGAAAUGGAUACAACCGAUUCACAAGUGUCAUCUUUAUCAAGUCAGAAUGAAACCUCAUCUGUCACAGAUGUUGUCACGAAGGACUUAAGUGGUUCUGCUUUGUCUCCAAGUCAUUGUCAUAAUCCCAAUUCAAUGCAAAUGGACAAUGAGAGGGCAACCAAUGGGUUAGUAGCUGGGAGUGACUCAAAUGAUGUAAACCCAGCAGAGGCCACAAUGCAAUGUGAAGGUGUAGGGAGGGAUGUUCCCACAAUAUCUGGCAGUGUGGCGGGAACUUCCGGAGGAAUGGUUACAGAUGCCAGUGAUAGUGUGGUUGGUUUUGGUGAGGUAGACAGCGACAUGACAGAGAGUGACAUUAACACUUACUUAAGUGAUAUGCAGUGUGACCCAGGAUCAGUGGUCACCAGUGAUGACCAACAGUCAGGAGUGGCUAUCAUGAGUCCUGACCAUGCAAACAUAUUGAACGAGAGAGGUUAUGCAAAAAAUUUUGAUUUGGUAAACGCACUUGCAAAUAAAACAUCAAAACCAGAAGCUGCUGGUGAACAAAUCUUGAACAGUAAACAUGAGGAUAUGCCAGGAGAGGUAGGGAUCAUUGAUUCGCCUGUGGUUGAUAUGUACCCCCCUCAGGCAGACACAGGACUCACUUCACCCAGUACUGCCAUACAAAAUUACAUUGCUCUUGAUGAACAGACUUCUCCAGAAGGGAGCUCAAUAUCAUCAUUUGGGGAAGGUGCACGUCCCAAGGAACUUACUCGACCAAACAGUCUUCGGGGGUUGUCUGUAGUUCCUUUUGAGGCACCAUCAGAUAUCUCAAAAGAAUUGGUUGAGGUUGCUAGUCCUCAGGAGAAUAGGGAAGUUUGUGAGACAAAUGAAGGUGUUUCCCAGGAUCUUACCAACAGCCAAACAAUUCAAUGUAUACAAGCAAGCAAGUGUCAAUCGGAUGGUGAUGACAAACUGCAAACUGCCACUGUGAACCUUUGUGAUGAUGAGGGUGUAGAGGUGGGGGACACAGUGACUGAUGCAUCCUCUCACACACUGACAGAGGUAGAGGCUGGGGAUGUGGAUAUGGAAGAUGCUCCUGUAAUGCUGAGGUCACAUGAUCCCCCUCCCUAUGUUAAUGAGUCACAGCGACCUAGUUCUUGGAGCCCUGCAGGACCUACAUUGGCAGUGCCCCCUCCACAAAAACGUCCUAACAGUUUAAAUCUCCCGUCCCGAGGUGACAUGGUUGUGGGUAACUCUGAGAGGACACAAGCACCUUUUAGAUUUCCUUAUCAGGCACCCAGUGUUGAAACAGCCACACCAGAAUCCAUGGAAACACCUGAAGCUGAUGUCCAAGAAGCUAGAACAGAACCAACACCAAAAGAACCAGAGGAGAGCCCGGAUGAGAUGAACGGGGCAGUUGGAAAUGCCCCUGAGGAAAGCAUGCCAACAAUGGAUGCUGAGCCGUCAGCCACCCAAACAGAAAAUGCGCUGGGUAAGGUGGCUCCAAGAUGGAUUCCUGAUGCAGAAGCACCCUUGUGUAUGGGUUGUGAGGCCAAGUUCACCUUCACAAAGAGGCGACAUCAUUGCCGUGCUUGUGGAAAGGUGUUUUGCUCAACAUGCUGUAAUCUGCGAAGUCGACUGGAAUACAUGGAAAACAAAGAAGCAAGAGUGUGUCUGUCAUGUCAUCAGCAACUUGCAAUAGCGGAAAUUACCAGUGGAACAGGCCGCAGUCCCAAUCCCAAUAACCCCAGCGAAUACUGCUCUACCAUUCCUCCCACUCAGCAGGUGUCCUCCCGAUCACCCCCUCCCACAGUCAUGGUACCCGUGGGGGUGUUAAAGAGAGAGGGGAGCUCCAAAAGAUCCGAGCCAAAGCAGGUGAUGUUCUCUGAUGGCAUUCGACCUGGUGGUGAUCUGACUGAACUGGAUGGUUCAGAUGCUGCAAAUAAACUGCCGCCACGCCGAACAAGUAGGGCCCAAAAACGUGUAGAUAGAGGUUCCCCAGAUUCUGCAAGAUCAAACAGUAGAAAGUCUCGUCAUUCUGAAGCACGGAGAAAUAAAUGUUUGAUACCAGAAAGCGGUCUACCUCCUGUAAUAUUAACCAAAACAGAUAAUGCAAUGGAUGAACACCCUGACAUGGCUGAAUACUUAACACAAAUCAAAGAUGAAGAAGCAGAACCUGUGAUUUUCGCUGUCAAUUCUAAUCUGUCAGUUCUCGUCAAAAUCGUCACAUUGGACUGCUGUGUCAACAGGACAUGUUGGUGUUUAACCACUAGAGGGAUGUGUACUGUUGGACAAGAUGAGAUUGUCAUUGUCCUGGAGGUCCUCCCUGAUGAAGACACACUUCCCCGGGAUAUUCUUUGUCAUUUUCAGACCAUGUAUGAGGAGGCAGGCAAAGGUAACACUGUCUCAGACAUGGGCCACACGAUAUUUAACCAGAGUUUCCUAAAUAGCCGUGACCAUGGUGGGAUGUUGUAUAUAUACCCGACGUUCCAGUGUCUACACAAACUCAUACUACCAAAGCCACCAUACGUGUUUGGGAUACUAUUACAGAAGUGGGAGACCCCCUGGGCCAAGGUCUUUCCCAUCAGAUUGUUGCUACGACUUGGUGCUGAGUACAGAUAUUAUCCAUGUCCUCUGAUUAGUGUUCGCAACAGGAAGCCAGUGUUUUUUGAAAUAGGUCACACAAUCAUGAAUCUUCUGGCAGAUUUCCGGAACUUUCAGUACAUGUUGCCUCAGAUCAAAGGAGUCACUAUUCACAUGGAGGAUAAGAAGACAAUCAUGAACUUUCCCAGGAACAGAUAUGAAGAUCUUAUGAAGGUUGUGAGUAACAGUAAUGAGCAUGUGAUGGCCAUUGGAGCCAGCUUCAGCUCUCAAGCCGACUCCCAUCUGGUGUGUAUACAGAAUGAUGAUGGAAAUUACCAGACACAAGCUAUCAACAUACAGAACAAACCCAGAAAAGUAACUGGAGCCAGUUUUGUGGUGUUUAAUGGUGCUCUGAAAACAAGUUCUGGUUUGCGGGCAAAGUCGAGUAUAGUAGAAGACGGUCUGAUGGUACAGAUAACACCGGACUCUAUGGUUGCCCUGAAACAGGCCAUGAAGGAUAUGCGCGAGUAUAUAGUAGAGUGUGGCAGUAUCACAAACCCUGCACCAGAUGAAGUUGUCAUGAUGCAGUGGGUUGACGACGAUAAAAACAUCAACAUAGGAGUAAAGAGUCCUGUAGACAGCAUGCUGAUGGACGGAAUUGAAAGUAUCCAUAUUCCCAAUGCAACUGACUAUGUAGGAGAAACCUACAUCAUCAGAUGGACUGAUGUGUUCUUCAUACAAAAUGAGGAUUCAGGCUCAGCUAAGUGGGAGCCGGUAGAUCUCAGUCGAUUAGCAGAGACAUUGUCCAAUGCCUGUUGUAUAGCUUUAACUCGACAUCUUGACUCACUUUAUGAUGCUUCUCUCACAAAGAUUGGUCUACGAGUUAACAUCGAAGCAGAGAAGGUUGGGUAUGAGAUAGGUGCCAAUGAAGAGAAGUUACCUGAUGUUUACAUGAAUGACCUUGACAAUGAACUUAUCCCAGUGAUACACAGCGCAGCCUCUCAGAACCAUGGAGGUGCUAUAGUAUUAGAACUUAUAUUUCAUGUACUGAAGUGACCUCUGGUAUCCAGUAGUACAUGUACUUCAGAUACAACAUUUGUUAAUCACUAGGAAACAGUGACCUCUGUUGACUCUCUUGUUAAACAGUUUGUUGUGUUAAACGAGUGACGUUUCUUGACCUCUAUCACAUAUGAAUUCUGAAUGUAUCUUUGUUGACUCAAGAAUUCUUGAAUGACUUCUCUUGAUUGCAGUCAUUUUAGAUUUCUCCAGCGACUUUGUUGACCUUCAUCACUGAAACCUACUUCACUUGUGGAACUUGUUGACCUUCAUCAUUGGAACAUACCUUUGUGACCUUUGUUGACCUUUAAUUUUAGAAUGUAGUGGGUUGAUCAUAACCUAGGCAUGUUCUGAUGGUGAGACACAACAUUAAUUAGUUGUUUUAUCAGAAGCACUGUUAAUGAAUUUAGGGUUUAGUGUUAGUUAUUGGAUCUGAUCAAUUUUCCUUCCUUUCUUCUUUCUGUCACUGCUGUGAGGUAACCACGGGUUACUGAAAUAUGUUCUCUUUCUCAUUCACUGGUAACAACGUUUACAUGUACAAAUAUAUGUGUGUGUGUGUUCUCUCUGUCACUGUGGUGUAGAUUACCAUGGUUACUGGUACAGAUGUAGGUGUGCAUGUUGUCUACAAGUUUGUGAAUCAGAACUCUGUUAUACAUUGAAAGUAUUCAGAUUUUUUGUGAUGUUUGUGAAAUGGUAAUUAUCUUUGGGGUAGUUUUGAUAGUAAUGAUUUAUUAAUGUUGGAGUUUUUAAAAUCUGUACACAUUUAUGUUUAAAACAAACAUUGAACUCAUACACAGUAUAUAGGGCAAUAUUAUAUAAAAAAUAGCAUAUCAGAAAUGUAGCCAUUGAAAAUUUAGAUUGAAUUUUUAGAUACAAAUUCUGUAAAAUGUUGUAAAUUUUGGAUUUAAAAGAAAGAAGCUAAAUUUGAAAAAAAGGAAAUAAAGAUUAAUUAAAAGAACAAUAUUGAUUUACAAAUGUAGGUUCUUUUGCAGACAUGUAGAUGUGUGGCUACUUGAUAUAGAUCAUUCACAGUUUUGUUACAAAAAUUUGUUCUAAGGAGAUCACCUUGAUGAUUGGUCAAAUAUUAAACUUGCCUGCUAGUUUAGAGAUUGCAGGAAGCUGGCUUGCUUGAUUUAAAGUUGGAGUGAUAUACACAGGUGGAAGUGAUGCAGAUGUACUGUAUCCAAGGUUGAGUGAUGUAGACUGUUGGAAGUGAUGUAGGUUUACCUUACCCUAGUUUAAGUGAUGUGGACUGUUGGAAGUGAUGUAGGUUUAAGUUACUCUAGUUUAAGUGAUGUAGACUGUUGGAAGUGAUGUAGGUUAACGUUACUCUAGUUUAAGUGAUGUAGACUGUUGGAAGUGAUGUAGGUUUACCUUACCCUAGUUUAAGUGAUGUAGACUUUUGGAAGUGAUGUAGGUUUACGUUACCCUAGUUUGAGUGAUGUAGACUGUUGGAAGUGAUGUAGGUUUACGUUACCGUAGUUUAAGUGAUGUAGACUGUUGGAAGUGAUGUAGGUUAACCUUACCCUAGUUUGAGUGAUGUAGGUUUACCUUUCCCUAGUUUAAGUGACGUAGACUGUUGGAAGUGAUGUAGGUUUACGUUACCCUAGUUUGAGUGAUGUAGACUGUUGAAAGUGAUGUAGGUUUACCUUACCCUAGUUUGAUUGAUGUGGACUGUUGGAAGUGAUGUAGGUUUACCUUACCCUAGUUUAAGUGAUGUAGACUGUUGGAAGUGAUGUAGGUCUGUUGGAAGUGAUGUAUGUUUACCUUACCCUAGUUUAAGUGAUGUAGACUGUUGGAAGUGAUGUAGGUCUGUUGGAAGUGAUGUAGGUUUACCUUACCCUAGUUUAAGUGAUGUAGACUGUUGGAAGUGAUGUAGGUCUGUUGGAAGUGAUGUAGGUUUACCUUACCCUAGUUGAAGUGAUGUAGACUGUUGGAAGUGAUGUAGGUCUGUUGGAAGUGAUGUAGGUUUACCUUACCCUAGUUUAAGUGACGUGGACUGUUGGAAGUGAUGUAGGUUUACCUUACCCUAGUUUGAGUGAUGUAGACUGUUGGAAGUGAUGUAGGUUUACGUUACCCUAGUUUAAGUGAUGUAGACUGUUGGAAGUGAUGUGGGUUUACGUUACUCUAGUUUGAGUGAUGUAGACUGUUGGAAGUGAUGUAGGUUUACCUUACCCUAGUUUAAGUGAUGUAGACUGUUGGAAGUGAUGUAGGUUUACGUUACCCUAGUUUGAGUGAUGUAGACUGUUGGAAGUGAUGUAGGUUUACCUUACCCUAGUUUAAGUGACGUGGACUGUUGGAAGUGAUGUAGGUUUACGUUACCCUAGUUUGAGUGAUGUGGACUGUUGGAAGUGAUGUAUGUUUACGUUACCCUAGUUUGAGUGAUGUGGACUGUUGGAAGUGAUGUAGGUUUACCUUACCCUAGUUUAAGUGAUGUAGACUGUUGGAAGUGAUGUAGGUUUACGUUACCCUAGUUUAAGUGAUGUAGACUGUUGGAAGUGAUGUAGGUUUACGUUACCCUAGUUUAAAUGAUGUAGACUGUUGGAAGUGAUGUAGGUUUACCUUACCCUAGUUUAAGUGAUGUAGACUGUUGGAAGUGAUGUAGGUUUACGUUACCCUAGUUUAAGUGAUGUAGACUGUUGGAAGUGAUGUAGGUCUGUUGGAAGUGAUGUAGGUUUACGUUACCCUAGUUUAAGUGAUGUAGACUGUUGGAAGUGAUGUAGGUUUAUGUUACCCUAGUUUAAGUGAUGUAGACUGUUGGAAGUGAUGUAGGUUUACGUUACCCUAGUUUGAGUGAUGUAGACUGUUGGAAGUGAUGUAGGUUUACGUUACCCUAGUUUGAGUGAUGUAGACUGUUGGAAGUGAUGUAGGUUUACCUUACCCUAGUUUAAGUGACGUGGACUGUUUGAAGUGAUGUAGGUUUACGUUACCCUAGUUUGAGUGAUGUAGACUGUUGGAAGUGAUGU